AUGGUGAAGAAGUCCAUCAAGAAGGAACGUCGGAAAAUAUUAGCCCAGACGCAGGAGAAGUGCCUCCAACGUAAUGAUGCCUUGAAAGCUCAUACGAGGGAUAUCUUAUCUAAAGACACUCAGUUCAUAGCCAUUGCCAAAAUCACAGAGGCUACAGUAAAUGAGCAGUUUGUUAUCGCACUGCUGGAAGCAUAUGCUAGUCAUAAGACGGGUAAUGUGGAGAAGAUACCGGAGGGGGAUGUACAUAUACCUAACAAGUGGAAACGACAAGAGCUCGUUGGACGGCAAUAUCGGGAGAAGAAGAAGGUCAAGCGGGAGACUAGGAAGCAAAGACAGGAGGCUAGAGCCAGAGGAGAGGAGGUGGACGUACCUGUUACCACUACUAUCGAGAUGAUGAGGGAGGCCGACGUCACUAUGCUACCUCCUGAGGGCGAUGAUGAGGUUAAAGCUGAUGAGAGGAUGGAUGAAUUCAGACACACCUUCCCGACGCCCCCUCCCACCAGCGAGGUCCUGCCCCCACCAGCAGCAGCAACAGUCCUGUCCACGCCGAGUACGGUAGCUACCUCGGUGGAAGGGGAGGAGGAGGAGGAGGAGGAGGAGAGGGAGUCUGUAGAGCCCAAGAUAAUGCUCACUACCUCCAUGGCUUAUCCCUCCGAGCGAUCAUACGGUCUCAUCAAAGAGCUGGUGGAAGUGGUGCCGGGCCUGCAGUACUUCCGGAAAAAGCAUUUUCCUAUCACCAAAAUUUGCGACUUUGCCAACAACAGAGGAUUCACAGCAGUCGUGGUAUUAUCGGAGGAUAGGAAGCACGAGCCAUCCUCGCUUCAUAUCACCAGUCUACCUGAAGGCCCUACUAGUUAUUGGAGGCUAACUAGUUUGGAACUGGGAGCAGAUAUGAAGCAUGGAGCUACAUGUAACCCGGAUGACCGUCCUGAACUGCUGUUGAAUGGUUUUGGUACGAGGCUUGGUCACAGAGUAGGAAGGCAAAUUGGAAGCCUUUUUGGUGCUAUCCAGCCGGACUUCAAGGGCCGAAGAGUAGUCGCAUUCCACAACCAACGGGACUUCGUAUUCUUCCGCCACUACCGGUACGUCUUCCGAGAUCUCGAGAGUACCGACAAGGAUGAUCGAUGUGCCUUGCAAGAAAUAGGUCCCCGGUUCACGCUCAAGCUGAGGUCAUUGCAGCUAGGCCUGUUCGCCAAACGUACGGGGGAGUAUGAGUAUGUAUGGAGACCCGACUCUCAGGUCAGCCGGAAGGUCUUUGCUCUAUAGUUCUCCUCAUCACAUUACCAACGUUUCUUUUCUGCGC